AUGAGACGAAAACCUGAUUUUUUUGGAGUUCCAUGGCUGCUCCUUGAGCUGUCUGCUGUGGUGGUCACACUCCACGGAAUUGCUGCUGUAUGCACUGAGUUUGUCUUCCAGACGGAAGGCUUUGUCUUCGGACUCUUCUACACCUUUGCCCAAUGUUUUACCUUCAUGGUGCUAGCGCUGGUGCAGUCGAUGGUCAGAGGACUCCCGGGGCUGAGCUUCUCAGCCAUCCGUGGAUCUGCUGUUGCAGGGUACGCCGUCCCAGUUUCCCAUGGCUGUGGAAUUUUGUCAUAUGUGUACGUCAACUACACAACGGCCAUGGUCUUCAAGAGUGCCAAAGUUCCAAGCGUCUUGAUCGGGGCCAGAUUGGUCAACAAAACGGCAACGACAGCUCGUGAGCUCCUGUGGGCCUUUUGCAUGAUGAUUGGCUUGCUCCUCUUCGCAUCCGGAGAUGUACGUGAAUCAGCUCGCUUCACACCGCUUGGGCUUCUGCUCAUUGCAGUCAACCUGGUGGGCAGCACGUUGACGGCCAACCUGCAACAAGUUGUCUUACAACCUCAGAACUUACAAGCUUCUUCAGCAUGUGCACCUUGCGUACAUGGUGUCAUGCUGGUGCAAUAUGCUGUAGCUGCCGGCGUGCUUCUUGUGCACACCCUCAUCACUGGAGAGUUCGCCGAAGCCCUUCGGUGGUAUUUUCAGAACAGGCCUGCCUCCUUCUUCACGUGCUUGGACAACAUUCUCACAUACUUGGGUCUGGAGGCGGUCAUGUGCAUCACAAAGGAGUUCGAUGCUGCACGCGGUGAGAGCCUCGCAGAAUUGGAGCAGCUUUCUGGCGCCAAAAUCCUUGUCUCUGACGAGGCAGUGGACGGACAGUACGCUGUGAAGAUUGAGGGCAAGCCCGUCGCAGUUUCGCGAGCACGUGUCUUGCUCGAGGAUAAGCUCCUCCAUGCACCGGGUGGCAAAGAGGAAGCUCCCGUGAUUGCUAUCGCCGGGCGACCCUUCAAGGACAGGGAGGAGCUGGUUGGUCACAUACGCUCUAUCCAGGCUGCGACCCCAGAUGGUAGUUUAUUGGGCCCUGAAGAUGCAUUUUUCGUUUUCCAUCUAGCGACGUUUCAUCCCAACUUUGUGGAGAAGAUGACAGCUCCUGUAGUAGGCUUCAAGUACGGGCCUCACGAGGCAUUCGUGGGAAACAAAUGCUUCUCCGUCGUGCGUGCUGAUGGAAGCGAGGAGGGAAUCAGUGUCAUGAAAUGUGUGGAGUCAGCUCUUCCGAAGAAGGGGCAAGGUCGAGGAACGAAGCGAGACCGUGAGGAUGGAGACCGUGAUGAAUUGGCAAAGGAUUCGGCGCAUGCUGGGGGCGAGGAGCCUCCGGCUGCAAAGCCAAGGCGGGAAAUGCAGGCGGGCUGUGUCCUCAUCAUAGAGGGCUUGCCUGGGUCCUGCUGCUAUGAGGAAGUGAAAGAGGCUUUGAAAGCCUUUGGAGAUGUGCGCUUCGUAGAAUUUCUCCGAGAUGGCCCUUCCGCUUCCAAAGCUGAAGCCAAGGAAGAGGCAACAGAGAUGAGUGGAGACGAGGUGGAGGGAGGCGAGGAACACCUCUGCGUAGAGGCUGAUGCUGAAGCUGAGACGUGCGACACCGAGAUGACGUCGGCCAGGGCGCGCUUUGCCGACGCGGAAGCCGCGACAGCUGCUGCAGAAGGCUUCAAGGAGCUGGAUGGGAAUGUUCUUUCCUGCCGUGUCCUGGAUGGCGAGGAGGAAAAACAAUUCUGGGAACGACUGUGGCAGAAAGCUGAAUCGAGGCAAGCGAAGGGAAAGGGAAAAUGGAGCAAGGACCGCAAGGGCAAAGGAAAGAAGGGCAAAGGUAAAGGAAAAAGAACGAAGUGA